AUGCCCGAGUACGUCGGGCUCAACAGCUCGAAUCUCUUUAACUUCGAAGAACGACUUCUACGCGACCACAUUCUGGCGGACAACAGCUCCGGCUCCGGCAUCGAAUACGACGAAUAUGUGGUUUACAAAAGGAGCAGUGGCGCCACCACACCAAGCCAUGGUGAUUUGGCCGAGCAUCGACCACAAAGUACCAUCUCGCAUCGAUUUAACCAGGCGGAUAUUCCCGGCUUCGAGAUGCUCAAUCUUGCCUUUCGACAAGACUACCUAUUGGAUCAAGAUGGUGCAUUCGCUACCUCUGACCAGCUCGAUCCAAGCAUGACAGUCUACGGCCGUGUGAGACGGGUCGUGUGCUUUCGCCGAGGCCAUUCUUUCGACCGUGUAGAUGGCCUCAGCAUCACACCAGACGACCUAACUGCUAUGAAUUUGCAUCCUGCGACACUUCAGUAUUCGCGACGAACGACGACUGAGGGUCGCUUCUGGUCCGUCGACAAGUCAAGAUUGAGCCUAUUAUUGGCCUUCUCGUCGCAUCCUCGAACUCCUUAUGACUUUCUUUCGAUGACAUACGAUCUCAAGUCACGAACAUCGACUGUUCUCAUACGUCAGUCGCACAAUCCUCGGAGGGAUGACUUUCAAGAGCUCGAUGAAUACGACAAUCGCCUGGAGGCAUGUAGGGCGCAAUGGGCGCAUCCCUUUGUCACGCCUGUUGUGCUCCUCCAAGUGCAGUUCGGGCGCACGGAGGAGGCCAUCAUGGAGAACUUGCUUCAUGUCGAAAUCCUCGAGCAGGAUGUUCACAACAUAUCUGGGUUCGAAGACCCAGGCCUAGAUGACGAGAAGAGGCUGCGCUGGGCUCGAUACUCGAGUCGAGGGGGCUCAGAAGAUUUCAUGCCAGGACCGAUGCACAUGGCCGAUCUCAUGGAGCGGGCGCAUGACGUGCAGAAAGAGUCAAUGAAGCUGUUGGACACGGUCAAGUGGAUGGAGCGAGCUGUCGAGCUUUUGCUUCAGACGGGCGACGAACUGGCAGAAGAGAUGAAUGUUGUGGAGGUCGAGACCCAAGUGUUAGAUGAGUUCGGCGCUCCGACUCCGCUCGAGAUAGGUGACCAAGCAGUGCUGCAAAAGCCGAGAGUGUCGAGAGAGUCUUUGCGAGAUGACUGGCACGAAAUUGAGCAGUACCUCGAGGGCCUAUUGAGGAUGUGCGUCGCGCUCGAGACCGAUCGUGGCAUGGCCGAGGCUGGAUGCCGUGCUCAGAUUGACAUAAUUUACAGCAAAAUGGCCCAAGAGGACAACAUGCUCAACGCCCGCAUGGCCGUGUCAGCGACGCGCGAUAGUUCUUCCAUGACGGCGCUAGCUGUCAUCACUGCCAUUUUCCUCCCAGGCGAGUAUGUCAGCGGUCUUUUCGGCAUGUCCAUGUUUGACUGGCAGGCUUCAGGUGAAGAUGUCUCAGGUCGGACCGAUGAAAGCGGAGGCGCUCCUGCGGCAGCUCGAGAUCCUGUUCCCGUCCUAAGCCGCCUAUUCUGGGUCUACUGGGUGACGGCGGUACCCUUGACGCUCUGUGUCCUCACCAUGUGGCGUAUAUGGUGGGUGAGAGCAGACCGCUCUUUCCGCAGGCGUCUCUCGCGCGAGCUGAGCGAGAGGCGAAUUUGGACCAAGGACGGCAGGCCGCGUGACCUGGAGCACUCCUUCUGGUACGACUUCUUCUUCCUGACGGCGAUGGGGCACGCGAGCGCUGAACCUCUGCCACUGGCACCAACACCACCCCUUUCGUCGCCGGCGGAGAAUACAAAGGUGCCUUUGGUACGGAAAAGGCAUUUAUUCUGGAAGACGGGAGGGAAGGGUUUGCACACGAAUACUGUGUAG